UUUUUUUUUUUUUUUCUUUCAGUUUCGUAUCUUGUUUCUGUUAUAAAUGCCUCCACCACUUACUUCAUUUACGACUUUAUUAACAUUAAAAACAAAGCCGCUUGCAAGUAAGACACUCGGCCCUUUAUCUUCAACUGUCUUAAGGCAACAACAGCAACAACAUAAUUAUACGACUACUAAUGUAAAAAAGGCGCAAAUAGUAACUGAAAAAUCAGUUUUGGAUUCUUUUCCUAGACCCAAUCUUCAACCUACACUUCACAUGAACAUGUACAAUCUUCAGGUCUUGAAAGCAUUAAAUCCAAUUCAAACAUGUUUUAACUGUAACGGGCCUCAUUCAACCGAAUUUUGCCCUUGCUAAUGUAAUGAACUCUCUGAUAUUUAUUUAACCGAUAUUUAUUUUAACCGAUAUUUAUACCCACCCCCCAUAAAGAAUAAAAAUUUGCUGCUUUUCAUAUUA